AGUCUCGCGUGCAUCGCGAUGAUCUCAGCAGUCCACCGCCCAAUCGGCCAGCGCACCACGACAAGUGCAGGUCUACCGUCAAAUUCGUCACACCUACGCACCAACACAUCGAGCUUAUCCCCCCAUCAUCGCCGCCGCCGCCGCGCUGCCGCAGAAACCAGCCGCCGCCGACGACGAGACAACGAGUGUUAGUGUAUACUGUAUAGCCGAAGCCCGAGAAGAGGAAGAGAAAAUUCCUCAGACGGUGAAUGGGUCAUGGCAAGUGAUGGCGUAUGUUAAUGUCGCCGAGUGGAAGACGGACCAAGUGUGCGAGUGGCUAAAAGGACUAGACAAUUCUGCUCUCCCCUAUGUUCAUAGUUUUAUGAACCACAAUGUCAACGGGCAGCAGUUGUUGAACCUCAGGCCCGAGGACUUGGAGCACUUGGGUGUCUUCAAGCUAGGUCACCAGGAGAUCAUCUUAGAGGCAGUAGAGUACCUCAGAAACUUCCACUAUGAGCUCGACCGAGAGAACCUUCAGCUGCUGGCGAUGCGGCUGUCCUGCCAGGCUCACAGUUUGCACAACGAGUUGUCGCGUCAGACCGACUCCAAACCAGUCACCACACAGACAUUAUCCGACGUAGUGGCGAUAAUCACGGCCGUCAAGCCUCUGGUGCGAUGGCUGGACCGACCACCGUUUAGUGGACAGUUAGACUACAAUGACAAGAAGGCAGAGCUGCUCAAGUUGUCUCUGGAGAUGGCCACCUGUGCGCAGAGAGACAGGUUCGCUGAGAAACCCAUAGAGGAGAUCAGAACCACUUGCGGACAGAUGGCCAAGCUGGCUGAUUACAUCAUCCAAGAUGUUGCAGACCCUAUGAUUCUGCAGCCUUCUAGUUUGGACUUGGCCACUCUGAAGAAAAGACCUGGUGAUGACUUGGGCUUCUGCAUUUUGCCUUCUUUUCAUGGGGCCCAUCAAAUUGCCGAAAUUAAAUUCGGUUCAGCUGCCCAUCAAUGUGGUAAAAUGGAGGAGGGAGAUGAAAUAGUGCAGGUUAAUUAUCAGACUGUAGUAGGCUGGGAGCGCAAGAACGUGCUGGAGCUCUUUCGCGAGAGUCCCGCGGAAAUUCUGCUGACGCUCAAGCGCAGACCCAGACACACUAAGGUUUAUGGUCAGAUAUACAUUAAACCAUACAGACUGCCGAGCAAUAAAAAGACGCCUUACGCAACGAGAUGGCAACACAAUUUACCAUCGCCAAGGCCGGAAUUACUGACAAUACCUGAUUUCACGAUGCCCCUGCCAAGGCACGCCCCGAAGGUUCCCACACCGGAGCCAGUUUCAAUUCUCGACACGGUCUCGAUGCUCGACACAAUGACGACGGACGACAGCAGCGAUUCGGACAGUAGCGAGAUCGAGCCUCCGUCAUCCGUCCGCCUCUACUCGGCGAAACCACGAAACCUCGUCCAGAGACGCGCAACCAUAACCGGGGCCUCACCGACCGCCAAGCACAGCGUCGACAUCGAGCAAUUGUGGCGUGAGCUCAAACAGGAACACAGCACGAGUUUCCAACUACGAGACAAGGCCGCCUCCUGUGCUCACGGCCUCGACAACGUUCCAUCCCAGCCCAGUCUAAGACCCCAGACCUGUCUGGGUAUCGAACAACGUCCACCUGGAUCGAAAAAACAGGGUAUCAACGAACGAAGGAAGGUGCAGUUUCAGGACGGUACUGCGCAUGAGACCGGCAAGCGGGAUCAUAUUUCGCUGGCCAAGCGAGAGGGUAACGAUUCUGGCAAUAUUAAUCAUCAACCGCAAGCGUCAGACAAGGCAUCAGCAAGUAACGAAAGCAAUAGCAAAAAAAGUAAUAAUACUGUGCCUUUAGAAGUAAGUCAUCAGCGGCAGAGUAGCAAUAGCUCGAACGACAAUAGAGAUUCUACGACUGCUCAUCUGCGAAGUUCGGGUGGCAAGGAACGCGGCCGACUCGACAAGAGUCACAGCACGCCAGCUUACGAUCUGACCGAGUCGGACGACGACUUUAUCGAAAAGAAAUUCGAGGCUGCCCUAGAUGAGCACCACAAACAGCAGCAAAGAACCCGAGCAGCCGCUGGUACCGCCAAUGGUAAUAGCAGUAGUUUCUAUAAGACUGACUCGCGCUACUUCGAUUCCGCGGAGGAGUCGGAAGAGCACGAGAAAAUGAUAACGCCAAAGCCUGGGGCGGAUGAUCGCGAGCUCGACCGAACGAGAGUUAUCGGCAAUGUGGCGAGGAAGAUCAUCGACAUCGAAAAAAAUCUUCAUAAUAAAAGCAAUGAAAGUAUUUCGGAAAAAGUUCUUCCAAAACCUACAAUAAUACCCGAGGCAAAAACCAACAUCCACAUUAAAAUCAACGACGUGGAUAUUGACGUGAACGACAAUUUGGAUGAAUUGGAAGCCGACUCGGGCAACAUCACCACGGAUCUCGAUACCGAUGAAGAGAGCAACUUGCUCAACAGUGAAGCAAUGAUCCAAGCAGCAAAUCUCGAGUCACCAAAACCAGCUGUUCAAAAUGAUAAUGCCGCUAAUAACAACAGCGUUGAAUCGAGCAGAGAGAGCAGCGAGGAUAAAUCCGAGUCGACGAGUAGUUACGUCGAGGGUGGCACGACAAGCAGCGACGGCGACGCGGCCAUGAAGAAGUUCUGUGACAUUAUCGAGACGAUCGACAACGCGCUACUCGAGCAGAAGAAAUUGAGCAACGGCAAUGAGUUUGAGUACGAGAACCAAAAGCAGCACAUCUCUCCGUCAAGCGACAAUAAAUCCAACGACUAUCCGGACAAUAACAAUCAGCAUGAUAAGAUGAUCGAGGCGCUUUCGCCCAACAUUCAGGUCCACAAGAGUGCGCUGGUCGAGAAUAUCAGCAUGAAGUAUCCGACGACACCGGUUCCCAGCAGUCCCUCGCCCGCCACUCGGCCGGAGACACCGAAGAGAGAGGCUGCGACCAAGCCGGAGGUCAAGCCGAGACUAACGCCCCCAGAACCACCACCGAGGAAAUACUUCACCAAACCGGCUCCCCUAAAUUUCAACGUAAAUCAGCCACUACCGCAGCCCAUCAACAACAGCCCGCGAGAUCACUAUCAGCCACAGCAGCAUUCACAAGAGAAGCCAAAAGUUCCGGACAGGCCGAGCGUAAGGCGAGACCUGAAGAAGAUCGACAUCCCUCCGGAGGUUCAUCCGCGCGACGAGAAAACCUUUAUUGAUAAUCGGCGGAAGAGCGACCGUUUCGAGACCUACUCGGACUUUGUUGAGCGUUCCACUGACUUUAUCGACGAGCCAAGUACACCUAUCCACGAGAUCAAACCCUCGACAUCACUCGUUGAUCCCUACGGUUACACGCAGAUUCCGGAGCCUAAGGAAGAAGCCUCGUACGCACAACCUGGUACAAGUAGUUCCAUUGAUGCACAGCAGUACAAGCACGAGUACUGUCCGCAGAAUCUAGACUCGCCUGACGGGCUUUGCUAUUCGCGGCAACAAGCCCAGCCUGGUGUGGGAACUCCAUCGUCUGACGCCAAGCAGAGAAGUCUUGAAAAGGACAGGACAGGUAUGGUCAAUCGGGCUAUGAUGGUCGCAAGAAGUAUGGGUUUACAUGGAAACUCGACGAAAUCGAACAACAGUCCGAGAAGCGCUAGAAAACGAAACACCAUUUUAGCCAAACGAAGGAACGUAGCUGUCAAAGAUAUUGCUCCCGGAGAUUUGGAAGGCUGGUUAACUUAUCGCAGCAGAGGUGCUGGUGGAGCAUGGGCCAGAGCUUGGUUCAUAAUAAAAGAUGCUUCGUUAUACAGAUUCAAAACACAAACGAGCACAAAAGCUGACUGCCUGAUUGCACUAUCAGGAUUCACGGCAUCGCAGGCAACUGAGGUGAAAUCUCGCAAGUACGCCUUUAAGGUUUACUACACAGGAACGGUUUUCUACUUCGCCGCGGAUACUGAAGACACUCUGGCAAUGUGGCUGGACGCUAUAAACCGAGCGACAAUAGGACCUGACCGAUCAAGUGGCAUAUUCACGGAAACCGACGAAAGCGACAGCGAGACCAAAAAUAAUAAAGCAAAAAGCCCCUCCGCAGAAUCAAAGCCAUUGGUGGAAAAGACUUUCGGUUCGCUAAAAAAACUUGGCAAAAAAGACUCCGGCAUGAAAGAUCACGAGAUGGGUGGUGCGAGUUUGGAUAGAAAGUAUCUAAAGUUCCUGGGAUCCAGGACUCAAAAUGUGCCUGUCCCCACAGCACAAUUUAGAAGCUAUAGAAGAGUUUUGCCGACGUCGGCGCCUAGCAGGAAACCAGAAAAAAUGAGUUCGCCAGAUUUGCAAGUUACGAUAGCUGGAAGUACAUUUUACGGACUGAACACGUCUCAUAGUGCCACGGAUGUACUUAGUUCUUCUCAAGACAUGGGCGAUUAUCGACGUACUACUGACAGAUCGCGAAGUAGUCGUAACCAAAGGCCUGAGGAGCUACAGGGCUUCAUAACUCUCGAAGAAUUCAUGCUCUCUCGCCAAGAAGAGGAAUGUCAACGCACCGCCAACAACAGUACAAAUAACACCACUCGCUUCACGCCAUUAAACAACGAUCACGUGCACUUUCAGCACCGGAACAUUGCAGAUAGUGGUCCCGUGAGCAGUAUGGUCCAGAGUACUAACGGGAUGAUCUACGGCUCUCCGAGGAAUGGUGACGAUGCUCUACCACCAGCACCACCACCUCCCAACCCUCCCAUGCGAGGUGAUCUCUACUCCUCCAAUCAUUCGUUCGACAGCGAGACCAGCAGCAGCAAUAGUGGCAGAAAUGAGGCAGUUAAAUCGAAAACGCACAAAAAAUCGUGGGAACCUAGCUGCUUGCAGAAGAAGAAACCCUCGACAAACAACAACUACGAAGGACAUCGACCUUACUCGCCAAGCGUGGCCAACAGGGAAUUCACUCACAACCAGGCAAAUGUAGUGAACGAUAAUCAAAUUGGGUUUUCAACCCUGGAUUAUGGCGAUAGGCUCAAGCCUCAACCCUGGGCAAGAACCGUGGACACGAGCAACGGGAACAUGGACUUUCAGCAUGCUACCAGAAGGAUCCUGCGAAACGAUGGUCAUUCGGGUUCCAGCGGUGACCUCGCCUGUCAUACAUGCUCGGAGACGAUGCAGCGUACGAAGAAAGAAUCUUCUAUCGCGCGCAAUGGCAGUUUCAACGUAGCCGACCGUCGGCGGCGCGAUCACGUUCAUCCGGAACGUAACUGGAUCGAGUCGCUGCGCUCGGGUGACAAACGCCCUAUGAACGUCGACAACAAGGGCAGGUUAAAGAACGUGGCUCAGUAUCAGCCACCACCGAUGCCCAUGUCUUCGUUUGAACAGGACGGCAUGAGGGCCGCUUUUGAGAUGCAUCUGGAUAAAGCGAACGAGCAAAAGAAAAGUACCAAAGGACUGAGGAACUUCUUUGGGAACAAGAGUCCACAAAAGCCAAGCUCGUUAGAUCUGCCCCGUGAGCAGCAAAAAACAUUGUUAGGUUCUCCGAGGUUGCACAGAGCUUUAUUCCGAGACAAAUCUUCUCAUCAACGACAAAAUAGUCGGUCAGGAAGUCAGAGUCCUGGUGAUAGUGGAAUCAGCCAAAGUCUAAGUUCCUGUAGUGGAACUAGCCAGUGUCCAACGUUUAGCCAGAGCUUCAGCUCGGUGAGUUCUGCCGGCGACUGGAGUCCAUCAGAUACACCAGCACCUCACGUUCCCAAGUGUAUGAUGGGUGGAGUCUCAGUGUGCCAGAAGAGGCCAAACAUGCGACACCCACUAGGACCUCCAACCUUGCCUUACAUACCACCGCCAACGUCGCCUCCUCCCGAUUAUCCGGGCCUCGAGUAUCCUCCGGUUUUCGAGCCUGGGACCUAUUCUCUCUCGGACGCCUCGCUGUUACGUCACCGAGGCUCCAAAAAUGGCCAGAACCAGAACUUCGGAGAUUAAUGAUAAUUAUAGUAAUAAUCCGUCGCAAUAAUCUUUCUAACUCCGAGCACAAAUUCAUAUGCAUACGUGAUACACUCGUUCCUAUUGUUAAACUGUCUUGUCUUGUGAGGAUCAAGUACGAGAGUAAACAUCGAAAACGGCAAAGGGAAUUUCCGGUAAUCAGGUUCGAUUUAUCGUUGUUAUUUGUUACUUUUAUUCAAGGCUUACCUAGGGUAAUCGUUUUUACGAGUAACCUUUUUCGAAUGCUCGUACAUUUUUAAGGAGAGAAAAUUGAAAGGAUGAAAGCUAGUAAUUUAAUUUUGUGCCUUGAAAGAUAAGAGACUAGAAGAUAUGAAGCCUUGAAUCUUGCCAUCGCUAAACACGUAGAUUACUGAAGGAAGCGUAGGGAGUAAUUAUUUCUGCAUUCGCAGUAUACAGUUGAGAGUAACCGUCCAUUAUGUGCCUCUACGAUAGGUAAUGAUAAAUGAUACACAAGACAUAUGUAUACCUUACUUUAUAAUCGUGUCGAAAAAGUUAACGCCUUGUAAAUAUUUAUUAUAGAUUUUACAUGAUUGCGUCGUAUAGAAAAGAUUUUAUUAUUUCAAAGAUAUUCUAUAAUAACGUAAUGAUGAUUAAUAGGAGAACUACGUGCGCGUGUUAUAAAGCGUAGCGGAUUCUCCCUCUCGCAAUUUUUUCGGUCACUAUUUACACGAACGCGAUAACUUUUAAAAAUGCUUAUAAAAAAUUUUUAAGGCACUUUUUGACUGAUCGUCGAUAUCUUCCACUGUAUUGAUAUUAAGAAAUUAAAGUUUGAUAAGUUGUUACGUUUUAAAAAGCACAAGAUUUUACUUCGUUACUAGGAGAGCUUUUAGACGAAUCAAAGAAAUCGUAGCUGCGUUUUUUAAUGAGAAAAUUCAACGGCUGUAGUAUUAUUAAUUUUAGAUUUAGAAAGUAUUUUUGUCACGGUAAAAAAUUGUAUUCUACAACAACAAAAAAAUGAAAAAUCACGAAUUGUAUUAUAUAUAAGAAAUUCCAUUUAGUCUUCCUUGACCAAGACAAAUCGCCGAGAGAUACGAUACAAUGCGUUAGUUGAAAAUAGUAGAUAAACUAUAAAAAUAAUUUUUUAGAGGGACUUUUAUUUUUAGUAAAAGAAUUGAAUUUGGUCAUUAUUAUAGUGUAUACUCAAUUUAUGUAUUUUAAUUUGUUAAAUUUUUUUAAUCGGUGAGCGAUGCAAGCGUUUACAUAUUUGUAAAUAAUGCUAGUUUGUUUUUUUUUUAAAUAAA